CAACUGCCGGUUCUCUGCAGUACUUUCCUCACGCUCUGACAGUAUGAGGAAAGUGCAGCCGAGAACCGGCAAUUGCAUUUCCCGGUGAUCAGCGUGUCAUUGGACGCGGCUGAUCACUUGAGCGAGGAUCGGCACCGAUCAUCAGGGCACUGAUGAUCAGUGCCCUGAUGAUCGGUGCCCAGCAGUGCCACCCACAAGUUCUGCCCAGCAGUGCCACCCACAAGUUCUGCCCAGCAGUGCCACCCACAAGUUCUGCCCAGCAGUGC